CAAAAUACACGCACAUCGCAAUUUGUCCCAGAAUGUCAAACGGAAGAGCUUUCUGGGCUGCUGGCAAGCACAUCGUUACCACUCCAAAUUCUCCGACUCCCUCAUCUGUCGAAACACCAAACAAGUCAAAUAACAAGUCUCCCACACAUCAGAAAAAUAAGCUAAAGGUGUCUUGGGCAGAUGAGGAGGAGGAUGAGAAGUUUCUCGCCCUGUUGGCGCCCCAGAAAGACAACCCGACCGCAUCUUCCCUGGAGACCACGAUCACAGUCAAAGAUGAGCGGAUCAAGGAACUAGAGGCAACCAUUGUCAGCAAGGAUCUUCGCAUUGCCGAGCUGGAGGUCGCUGCACAAGGUAGCCACAAGCAGAUUGAAGAUCUUGAAGAGGAUAUACGAGUCAAGGAAAACACCAUGAAGACAUUGGAGAAGGAGAACCAUACGCAAUUCAUCAAACUCCAGGAGUUGCACCGAGAUUCGACCGAGAAAGAUGAUCGCGUUCAGAGUCAGAAAUCCGCACUGGAGCGAUUCACUGCUACCCAAGACCCUCAUCAAACAUCCAUCUUGGAUACUCAGUUGUCUACCAAGAGCGGUGAUGCGAAUGGUAUUGAGACGGUCAAAACUAACACAAAAGAAUCCACUCCAACUACUCCAAAGAAGUCCGGGAAUGUCCAGACUUCCGAGCUCAAACAGUCUGUCUACAAAGUUGCCGAGCCUAUUGCGACAGAGAACACCAAAGGCGACCAGACUGAGAAGACUGUUGGUGGCCCAUCCUCUCACGACACUGAUUCCCUAACAUUCGUGACGAAGGACACGUUGAAGGUGGUUCCUCCUGCCCCAAAGCCUAGGAUACUUACCUUUCCGAUCGACUUGAGCAAGUACGGCAAGACGCCUGUUGCUGCUUUGCCCCCCAAAAGUUCAGGACAAUCUCCAGUUUCCAUGGGAGGCAAGAAAGGUCACACUACGUCGUGGGGCCAGUCACCGAAGCACACACGCGUCAAGACUGACGCGAAGCCAGACUUCAACCCUUCAACUGAUAUACGACACAUGUCGUAUGCUAGCCGUGUAUUGUACUUCAAUGGUCCAGACGUCGCUGUCAAGCUGGGAGACGUCGAACUCAAGACUCUUCCCCAGUAUAUCCUCAUACAGUGUUCCGGCAAGGCAUGGCAACACUUCGAGGCCAACCCAGAUGCGACUUCGUGGACCUUGCCCGCAGGCUCCAUCGACGCCGACGCCGCCAGGUGUCUUCUCAACUGGAUGGAUGAGAUGACAUACCAGGCUCGCGUCUACUCUGUCACACUCAAUUCGGCACCGGUGAACGACCAGAAGAACGUACAGAUCUGUCGCGCCGCUCGUGUAAUGGGCCUCAACAACACAUAUGUCGGCCACUUCACGAAGCAUCUGUGCGAGAAGAUUCGUAGUAAAGACACCUCCCACAAGUUCAUGAACCUUGUAUGCGAGGCUGCAUAUCCGGAGAACGACCCGGUGUUUGACUGCCUCGCCAACAAACUCGCCAUGCAAAAGGCAGCGGGCAGUGUGCAGUGCAGGGAGGUAUUGGAGAAGUUGGCUGCCGCGCACCCGGCACUGGAAGCCGAAGUGGAGAAGAUUGAGAGGAGGAUGGGCACUAUUCGGGGGCGCAAGUAG